UCUGAAUGAAAAACGAAAAAAACUGGCAACAUUAGCAUAGAUUGCAUAAGUACCCUUUUAUGCAAAAAAUUAAGUAUGUUAUGCUUAUAAAGAUUCACCCGUUAAUUACAUUAAUCCGUUACUAUUCUAAAACUGUGGUGUGAAUGACUGCUGUCAAGUAUUUUAACUUAAAUAGUUAUCUUGAAGUAGAUUUAUUUGCAUCACAUUAAUUUUAUUCACGUGAAGUUUAUAUACUUUAUAUUACCGACUAAAUAAUGGAAGUAAAAUCAUUAUUUCCUUCCAGUUCCUGCGAUUCACCAUUUUAUUUUCUUAAGGGUUUAUUCGAUGGAAAUGGCGGUUCGCUCGGUAACCGACGCAGUAAACAAGACGCUCUAGAAGCUGUCAAACUGGAUCCUGCCGUGCUAGAAGCACAGGUGACGGUGCAUUCGAAUGACAGAACUGUCAAUGCCGCGGACACGAAGCCCGAAGCGGUUUCUAAGAGCAAUAAAGCUAAGCCACCUAAGUCAGAACCAGCGCCAUCGCAGUGCCAGAAAGAGAAAACUUUUGAAAACAUGGUGAAGCAGCAUGAAGCAGCACUCCUAUCUUUGACACCUCAACAACUGGAACUCCUGAUGAAGUAUGCUGAUGUCCUCCGCAGACAGAGGAUGAUCACACAGAAAUAUUUGGAGUGUGCAUUUUGUAAGAACAACGGGAAGUCAUCAGAUUGGUACACGUCUCACGCGUUGAAAGAUGUUCGUGGGCGUGUUCUGUGUCCAAUUUUGCGAAAGUACCACUGCCCUCGCUGCGGCGCCACUGGCAAUCAGGCCCACACCAUUAAAUACUGUCCGGAUUUAAUAUUAGACUCACAAAGUACUUCUUCUGGGAAAUCCUCGUGUUAAAAUAUAUAUUUGAAAAUAUAAUAUUUUAACAAAAAUGUA